AUGGAGCUGAAGGUCUGGGUGGAUGGGAUCCAGAGGGUUGUCUGCGGUGUCUCGGAGCAAACCACCUGCCAAGAAGUGGUCAUCGCCUUGGCGCGGGCCAUUGGUCAGACGGGCCGCUACGUGCUGGUACAGAAGCUGCGGGAGAAAGAGCGGCAGGGGCGGGCCCUACCCUCCUCAGAGGGCAUUCCCCAAGCCCCUGAGAGGACGUUCAUCAGGGCCAGCUUGCCCAUCAAGCCCAGGCCCACUGGCACAGAUGCACCCCGUUCCUGGGAGCCAAAAAAAUCCAUGACCUUCAACUUGGGUCCUACAGGCUCUGGCGAACCGUUCACCGUGAGCCGCUGGAGGCACCAAGCGCGGGAAGGGAUGGACUUGGAGGGUGGUGGGGUUGUCCAGCCCUCCAAGGAGGAGCUGUUUAGGAGGGUGCUGCGGCAGCAGGAGCAGCUACAUUCGUUGGAGGCCCACGGGGACACCCUGGAGAUGGACCUACGGCUCUGGGAGCGUGGCCGGCUCGCUGGCCAGGAGGACGAGAUCCUCUACCUGGAGCACUUGGUGCGGAGGAAUGAGACGGAGCUGGGCGAGGAGGAGUUUUGGCAGAGCGAGCUCCGGCUGGAGAAGGAGUGCGAACGGGAGCGGCAGGAGCGGGUUAGGAGCCUGCGGGCCAGCCUGGAGGAGUACACCCAGCGGAUAUACGAGCUGAGUGCUCGGACUGAAGCCCUGCAGGAGGAGAUCCAGUGGGAAAUGGCUGAGAGGGCCAAGAGGGGGAAGGAGACCCCUGUGCCCAGCCCCACAGAGCUGGAGGACAUGGCUGCCAAGAUGAAAAGGGACCUGGAGGCCAAGGUCAAGCAAGGCACCCAGCUGGAGAGCAACCUGGCCAGCGUGGAGAAGGCCCUGGAGGAAGCUGAAAGGAACCUACAGGUAGAUAGGAUCAGGUUGAGCAGCCCCAUGGGGUGGUGGGACUUUUGA